AUGAAUUCCUCCUUCCCUUUCCCAGAGAGCCACCUCCGCCUGCAGGAGCUUUUGAAAGGAGAGAACGUGUCCCUGCCUGGAGUAUGGAAUGGGAGCCAGGAGCUGGACUGGGAGGAGCUGGAAAAGAUGCUCUUCCUGUUUGCAAAGGAGCCUGUCACCAUCAGCCUGACCAUCCUGUACCUGCUCUCUUUUGUGGUGGGAUUUGUUGGGAACAUCAUGUCCAUCAAAGUGCUCACCAGGAAGCGUAGCAGUCGGAUGCCCAGUCUGAGUGCCACCAGGAGCCUCCUUAUCAACCUGGCCAUCUGCGACUUGAUGGUGGUGUGCGUCUGCAUGCCCAUCACGGUGGGGAACUUGAUAUACAAAGCCUGGGUGUACGGGGACUUCCUGUGCAGGGCUGUGCCAUUCAUCCAGGCCGUGUCUGUCUCAGCCAGUGUGCUCAGCCUCACGGUCAUUAGUGUGAACAGGUAUUACAGUGUUCACAACCCUCUGAAUGCCAGGUCCUUCUUCACCCAGAGGAAGAUCCUCAGCGCCAUCCUGGUGGUGUGGGUCCUGUCCUCUGGGAUCUGCAUGCCCCUUAUAUUCAUGAACAAAAGGGAUGAGAUUGGGGCAGUGGAGGGACUGCCAUUGGUGUUCCCAAUCUGCAGGGAAAUAUGGCCUCAAGAGAAGCUCAAGCAAGCCUACAACUUCCUGCUCUUCUGUGCCCUCUACUGCCUGCCCGUGCUAUUCAAUAUGGUCAUCUGCUUCCUGACCGUGCGAAGGCUGUGGAGCUGCACCAGCCAGUUAAAGGAGUGCAACUCACUGAACCAAUCCCUGCCAGCCUCCAGGCUGAAGAUCCGCAAGAAGGUGGCCCAGAUGGUGGUGGCCCUGGUCCUGCUGUUUGCCAUCUCCUGGCUGCCCUUCUACAUGAUGGACAUCUGGAUUGACUUCAACAUCCCCAACUCUUUGCAGGAUGUGACUCCAUCUCCCUGGGUCCUGCAGCUCAGACCUUUUGCUCAGUGGCUAGGCCUCACCAACUCCAGCCUCAACCCCAUAUGCUAUUGCUUUGUUGGGAACCUCUACAGGUCAGCCAAAGAAAUGAAGAGCAAAUACCACCAGAGGAUGGUCUCCCUUUUUAACUUCUCUCUGUCUGAAGGGACUGCACUUUCUUCUGUGCCUGAGUUGCUCUCUUACAGGAACUCCACGGACUCUGCAAGGAAAGAGUCCAGCUGCACCCUAGGAAUGGGCAAGAGGUGUCAGGGGGACUCUGACCCUAAGAACAACUGUGAAACUUCACUAAUGUCCUGCCAGCCUCUGUCUCUAAACACCAUGUCUAGUGAAAAGACUUCUCUAUAA